UCCUCCUUCAUUGUAACAUUGAAUGAACGCUGGACACUGACAUUGCCCUGCGCCUUUUCAUUCAAAGGUAGCUCACCGUUUGCAUUUCAUAUUUUAUUCAGUUAAAUGAAGGAGCUGCAAAGGAAGAGGGUUUUCAUCCCCGGAAGCAACGGAAUUCGGGGGGUUGGGUUAUAAGCCAUCAGCAACAACGUGCCAUGUAGAGUAGCGCGGAUAAACAUAGCUCCCGGUAAAUAAAAAGAAGCGGAACUAUUCGUGUGUCGGCGUCCUGACCUAAGACCACUGCCAGCUGAAUGGAAGCGCGGCUCGAACUGUAAUCCUCGGCGGAGCUGAGGACGAUGGGAGGAGCGUCCCCGUGCUGGAGGACAUGUCAUUCGGUCGACUCCUACGGCGUGCCUCCACUAAAGCCUCUGACCUCUUGACCUUCAACUCGACAGGGUCGCGUGGAGCCCUGGAUGGAGAGAUCAUCUUCUCCAAGAACAAUGUGUGCGUGCACCCAGCAGAGCCCCUGCCAGGCCUGGCGGAGCACCACCCAGGCUAUCUGUGUGUGCACAUGGAGAAGGAUGAGGCCCUGGGCUCCACGCUCAUCCUGACCUGGGUGCCUAACUCCCGUAUCCAGCGGCAGGACGAGGAGGCCCUCCGCUUCAUCACCCCCGAGAGCUCCCCCGUGCGGCGCCACCCCCGCCGCAGGCCACGCCGUCCCCCGCGACCCCCGCCGGCCCCGGAGGAGGAAGAGGAAGAUGAGACUGAGCCCCGGGAGUUGGAGCCCGCUCUGGGCCCCUCCCAGCAGCAGGGGCAGGGGCAGCAGCAGCAGCAGGAGGAGGGGGACGAAGGCUCCUGCGACCUCUCGGCAGACGAGGUGAGCCGUGACAGCACGCUGGGCUCCGACUCGGACACCUUCUCCUCGCCCUUCUGCCUGUCGCCCGUCAGCGAAGCGCUUGGGGAGAACGCCGGCCCGGUGUUCCUGGACAGUGAGGGCAGGGAGAUGUGUGAUGAAUCCAUGACGCACUCUGCCAGCUCGGCCUCCAGCUUAGACAGCCACGCCCCAUCGGAAACCAGCCAAUCGCAGGGUGUCCGGUGGGAGGAGCACCAGAAGGUUCUGGCCCUAGAGCAGCUGUGUGGGGUGUUCCGCGUGGACCUGGGUCACAUGAGGUCCCUGCGCCUGUUCUUCAGUGAUGAGGCCUGCACCAGUGGUCAGCUGGUCAUCGCCAGCCGGGAGAGUCAGUACAAGAUCCUGCAUUUCCACCACGCUGGUCUGGAGAAGCUGGCUGAGGUCUUCCAGCAGUGGAAGUGCUGUCGGGAAACCCAGCUCAAGGACCAGGUUUCAGAUGAGAAGUCGUGCAUGCAGUUCUCCAUCCGCAGACCCACGCUGCCCGCGGCUGAGACCCACCCGGAGGAGCGUCUGUACCGCCGGCUGGAUGUGGCCUCCUGGCUGCGCCACCUCAACCACAGCGGCCAGGUGGAGGAGGAGUACAAGCUGCGGAAGGCCAUCUUCUUCGGGGGGAUUGACCCGUCCAUCCGGGGCGAGGUGUGGCCCUUCCUGCUGCGCUACUACAGCUGGGACUCGGCCUCAGAGGAGCGAGAGGCCUGGAGGCUGCAGAAGAGGGCAGAGUACCAGGAGAUCCACCAGCGCAGGCUGUGUAUGAGUGCGGAGGAGCACAGUGAGUUCUGGAGGAAGGUCCAGUUCACAGUGGACAAAGACGUGGUCCGCACCGACCGCAGCAACCUCUUCUUCAGAGGAGAAAACAAUCCCAACGUGGAGAUGAUGCGACUCAUCCUGCUCAACUACGCCGUGUUCAACCCGGAGAUGGGCUACUGCCAGGGCAUGUCGGACCUGGUGGCGCCGCUGCUGACCGAGGUGCAGGACGAGAGCGACACGUUCUGGUGCUUCGUGGGCCUGAUGGAGAACACCAUCUUCAUCAGCUCGCCCCGUGAUGAGGACAUGGAGAGACAGCUGAUGUACCUGCGUGAGCUGCUGCGUCUGAUGCUGCCGCGGUUCCACCAGCACCUGCUGCGGCUAGGUGAGGACGGCCUGCAGCUGCUCUUCUGCCACCGCUGGAUCCUGCUCUGCUUCAAGCGCGAGUUCCCUGACGCCGAGGCCCUGCGCAUGUGGGAGGCCUGCUGGGCACACUACCAGACGGACUACUUUCACCUCUUCUUGUGUGUGGCGAUCAUCGUGCUUUACGGAGAGGACGUCACAGAGCUGCAGCUGGCUACUGACCAGAUGCUGCUCCACUUCAGCAACCUGUCCAUGCACAUGAAUGGAGAACUGGUGCUGCGCAAGGCACGUAGUCUACUGUACCAGUUUCGCCUGCUACCCAGGAUUCCCUGUAGCCUGCACGACCUGUGUAAGCUGUGCGGGCCGGGCAUGUGGGAUAGCCGCUACAUUCCAGCCGUGGAAUGUUCCGGAGAGCACCAGGACUCUCAGAGCUGCCCUUACGGGGGCACGGUGGACCCCCAGCCGCCCCCGUCGCCCCGUCCCGACGCCACCCCACCUCCGUCCGAGGGCAAGAGGGGCUCCAAGACGCGAGACAUCUUCAGCUUCCGCAAGCAGUCCUGAGCGUGGAAUGGGACGGGUCAUGGAUGCAGGUCACUUCCUGUUGGAGGGCGGGCGGUGGGCACCCUGAUCCCGGGCCGCUCCGGCACCUGUAGCCUUCGAUACACUCGAGGGUGCUGCCGCUCGGCUCAAGUGGAUCUUCAUCCACACGCCUCACUCUCCAGUUUAUCUCCAGACAUUAAUUUGUUUGCUUGCUUGUUUAUUAUUUUUGAUUAGAUCCUAAGGGAAAUGCUGUGCGUGUGCGUGUGCGUGUGCGUGUGCGUGUGUGUGUGUGUGUGUGGGGGGGGGGCUGGUGUCACAGUGAGAGAGAGGCAUCCUAUCAUCUGCCCUGAUGGAAUAUGCACCUUCUAUAUUUUGGUGGAUUCCAUGUUUGUGGAAGAACAGGGGUGUCUCUCUAAAGCAAUAUGGUGACGUACAGUCCAAAUCAGUCUGACUGCUCAACAGGACAUCAUCUCAGACAAGAAACCAGAGGAUCUUUCAUAUCAAUCCUUCUACUCUUCUCAUUCUAUCGUAUAUCCUUACUUUACAUGUUUACUUGGUCAGUUUUUUAAUGUAUCUUUUUGCACUGUUUUUCUGUGGUGGUGAUGACAAAAAUGCUAGGUGCUAAAGUAUGAUAAUGGCAUGUUUAUUAGGCUAGCAAGAUGGGGAGGGUGCAAUAAUAAUCUGGGGGGUAAUUUAGCAAAAAACACAAAAAAACUCCAAACCAAACCGUGCAAUAUGCUUUCUCAAAUAACAGUCCAAGGCCAAAACUGAAAAAGCUGGUUUUAUGAGUCGUCUCAAAGUAAACAGACCGUUGCUAUUCCAUGUGAUCCCGGGUGUGCCGCGGGGAGAACCGCCCUGGCCUGCUCUGCUGGGUUGGGUCCGGUUACGCUCCUGAGGCCGCGGAGGAAUCUCGGCGAUAAGAAAAAGAAAACAGUAUUCGGUCUCGGUUUAACUUGGAUGAAUAUUUUAUAAUGGGCUUAUAUAUGGGAAAAAGCAAAUACAUCAUUGCAAUUUGAAUCCAAGCUGGGGAAUUCCCUUUUCUGUUCUGUUCUGUUCUGGAGACUGUUCUGUUCGUUUCGGAUCCUAAAGGAAAGGAGGAUAAUUUCAUACGUAUCAAUUACAGUUGAGUUAUAUGAGAGAAGAGCUCUUGUGUAAUUAACUUUGCAUGUCCCAUUUGACACUGGCACACCCAUGGUGUUUCAUGCGUUGAGCAGUCCAUCCCAAUGUAAGCAAACAUCAAAAACUAGUGGAAACCAUGUUAUUUGGAAUAGUUUCUUUACACAUUGAUUUUCAGCAUCCAGUCAGAGCACAGCAAAAACUUAGCACUUAACAUUUGUGCGUUCAGCCAGAUGUCUUUUGGAGGAUGUUAUCCAUGUUCAGCACCCAACAUUCGGAGCGUUCAGCUCUGUUUCAUAUGCACAUCAGGAAAGCUCUCUCAAAGCAGCUUCUUUUUUGCCAAGAAAGAAUCUAUGAAAUCUUUACAGCGGGUUUUAAUGACUUCAUAAACGACUUCAUUUGAAAUUGAACCCCACCCCGUCAGUGUGUUCGGCCAUCAUUCUGGAAACACGGUUAGUCAGCCCUAUGUUGGGGAAGAGUUCCCUAAGGGGCAACUGCCAGUCCAGUGGGGAAAUGGCAUCUCCAAAUUGGUGCUAAAAGGUGGCAUUAGUAUCUGAAAGCAGCCUUCCCCUCUCUCUCUCCACGCCCCCUUCCUAAAGGACGUGCAUUAGUGGCCCUCCACGGCCAUUAGUCCCCCCCACAGACCCCUGCAGCACAUGGACAAGGAAGGGCUCAAUGGCAAUCACAUGAGUAGAAUAGAAUCACAUGGGUGUGAGUGUGUGUGUGUGUGUGUGAGUGUGUGAGAAUCUCAGAGAUUUCAAAGAUUUAUGCACGCUGAUCUGUGGGUCAGAUGCGGCAUGAAGUGUAGGUGUGGAGAGGGCAUCUGUCUGUCAGAACCACAGCUGGAUGCUCCAUGAUGGACGUAUAGUGUGUGUGUGUGUGUGUGUGUGUGAGUACAUGCAGAGUGCACGUGGAGUUCUUCAGCUGAAGAGACACACAUUUUCUGUAAUGAGGAAGUUGCUGCCAACUGACCCACAUUCUUUGAGAAUCUGUGAGAUGAAGAUAACAUGGAAGGCAUUUUAGGUUUUGAUAUGUGCAUUCUCAUGGAAGAACUGGUGUGUUCAGAUCAGAAAUGGUUGUGAAAGAUUGAGCUGAGUUCAGAGAGCCUGGUCUUCACUAGUCAUCUCAGUCCCCAAACAUCACUCCAGUCAUUGGUAUGAUGGUCGCUACUUUAGUGUAGAUAGAAAUAAAACCUGUCGGAUACAAAAGGAAAAACUACCACCUCGAGUUUAAUGUCAUGUUUGGUGUACCAUCAUUGAUGGUGCUCUUCUCAUUGAAUUGCAGUGUUUUCCAGUCAUUUCAGGGUGGACAGUCUUGUGUUGAGUUUUCUAUUAAUGACAUCUGUUUCUAUAUCAGGGUAUGGUGCUGGUAGUUUCUAUUAAUUACAACUGUUGUUGUUGACAAUACUAGCACACAGUUGAAACAUUGUGACUGAGACUUUGGGAAGAUCUCAACAUUUUGGGGAAUUCCAACAUUUUGGGAAAUAGUGUGGUGGUGUAAAACCUCCAAGUAGACAGGGGGACUUUGUUGAUGUUGUUUGUGGUUUUAUUAGAACAUCAAGACACGUUUCAUUUGAAAGCUGUUCUUUUAGUUUUCCAACAGUUUCGUAAUACAGGUUUUGUCUGUUGCCGGCAAUGAUACCAGAGCAAUCUUGGUCUGACUGACAUUUGUGGUCUAACUGUAAGGCUCAUAUCUCCAACCAUCUCAUAAGGGUCUUCCUUCUUCAACAGUUGGGAAAGAGAGAGUGACUAAUCAGAAACAUGACAGAUGGUCCUGCACCCAUACCAGAGUGUGUGAGAGAGAGAGAGAGAGUGAGAGAGGGAAAAAACACUUGUAUGCUUUAUAUCUAUUGCUGCCACCCCUCCCUUCUGCAAAGAUGUCUGUAUGUACUACCAUAGCUGAUCGCAGAAGAAGUGUGUGUGUGUGUGUGUGUGUGUGUGUGUGUGUGAGAGAGAGUGAGUGUGAGAGAGAGAUACACGCAGUGAGAUUGCCUUGGCCUUUGUCUGACAAGGCCCUCUAAUUAUCAAUGACUGGGGCCUCUUUCCACACCUUGAGCAUGGGGAGGUGAUUAUGAGCCGGGGCCAUUUGGAGAGGGAGCGAGGGCCCUGUGGGAGGGGACAGAGGGGGGUCCUGGCUGGACCUCUGCUAUAGGCGCUAAUGGACGUCUUACCCCAUACAGCCGGCCCCCAUUAACACUGCAGAAGGACAGAGCGAGAGGAUGGCAGUGAAGGCUGUGGGUUUGCCUUGCCCUCUGAACACUAUAUGCAGUGGUGGUUCUGCCCUCUGAACGCUAUAUGCGGUGGUGGUUCUGUUCACUCCCCUCAAGAUACUUCUCAAAAUGUAUUUAAUGACGACCUUCAGAUUGGCCUUCUUGUAUCAUUCUAAUUGCAGUUGUUUCCCUACGAUUUGGAUUAAUUUGUUGGCAAAAGUUUUUUUUUUUUUUUUUUUUUUAAUAUACAGUAUAUAAAGUCUACUUUGAGAAAUAUCAUAUAUGUCACGACACAGAAGCCUCCAUUAAUUCAGCUUACUCAAGUACGUCACAGUAAAGUCCACAACCCUUUUAGGAUAUUACUGUCUGGUUGUUGUCCUUGGUUGUUCAUGCAGUGUUUGGUGGACAGCCAACCCCAUUGCACAAACUUCAUCUCCCAUGACCUCGCACAGCUUCCUGUCAAUUGAGGGGUUUAACUGGGUGCAUGUCAUUUAUGGCCUUUUACCACCCUGGUCAUUUGUUAAAUGACAGACAACAAUUAAAUCUUUUGACGUGCUCCUGUAAACAAAGAAGGUGUAUUUGUGUCACUUGUAUUGUUAGCUAAUUAUCAUUGUUAUGUUCAUAUUAGCUAUUCUUUUCCAAAAAGGCAAUCACAGCAUGACCAUUGACUUUACUGAAUGUAUCUACUCACUACAAAUAGUCUUAGACGAGGAUAUGGCAGUAGAGCACCAUUCUGUCAUGUGAACACAAACAUGCACCUUGUGACCUUUUACUGCUUGGAAAGAACAGGGGUGACCUACUUUGGCCAAUAUGAAUGGGACUGAAUGAUUCUAGUGAAUCAGAACAUCUCAAGUGAAAUGGCAUGGAACACUUCUUAUGAAUGGAAUACAGGUGACAUGCUGAGUUCAUCUCUGUCUCCAAUAACACAACAUACUCUUUCAGUUAUAUAGAAUAUCAGCAAUGAGUUCUAUUCAAACAAAAUCAUUUUCUUUCAGAUCUUAGUGUGUGCUAUGAAAAAAUAAAUGUUAUAUUGUCUUUAUGUAGCACAUCAUAUGUUACAUCUGCUUGAAAUAUACCAAAUGAAUGGGCCACUCCCCACAAGAAAUCAUUUAGUAAUCAUUUAGUUUCUCAACAUCAUACAGAAUGAAAUCAUUAAGUAAUAAUUUAGUUUCUCAACAUUAUACAGAAUGAAAUCAUUUAGUUUCUCAACAUUAUACAGAAUGAAAUCUAUUUAUUGCAAAUGUGUCAUGCAUCUGCUGCACACACACUGCUAAUCUUUGGUGUAAACAAGUAGUUCAGUUCACACCAGGUUCUCUCUGGGUUGGGGUGAUGAACAUGAAGGAGCACUCAAGUGCUCAACCUGUCUUUAGAGCUUUUGUGGACACUUGUGAGACUGUAUGCACGUUUGAUGUAGUGUAGUGUAGUGAGAGAAGGGUGCGAUUUAAGAAUCCCAUAUCAUUGUCUAACUGCACUAAGCACUCAAUGCGCUGUAUCUGUUGCACCUCCUUCUGUUAAGGCACUAUGUGCUAGGCUAGGCUAGGCUCAUGGUGUCCAUUGUCACAUUGAAGACUAUGUAUGGGUACUCCUAAAGGGUGCGUGCUGGAAUGCUUGUACUGUAAACAGAACAGGCCAUCACUAAGGGCAGGGAAGGAAUGCAUGAAGGAGAGAUCCUAAGCCUAUAUUUAUUUUUCUAUUAUCAGAAGAGAGUUUGACUGAAGUGGUUGAAGUGUGGUCCUCUGGGGAAGUUGGGAAGGAUGUUUUGCAUUGGCCUGCUUGUAUUGAACUCCCUUGCUGGAAAUCACACAUCUAGUCUAGAUAUUGUGUAAGUUCAUUGAACACUUGUACAUCACUCAGCACUAUACACUCGGGGGGGCAUUGCUCUUUAUAAAGGACUAUGUGGGAUGUAUCACUAGAUUGAUGAUCACUUCAGAUAAUUGUUUUUGUCCCUUUUUUGGUCAUCUUGCAAAAAGGAUAUCACAGAUUUGGUAAAAUACUAUACCAUGGUUGACUUUGUGCAGUCAUUUCUAGAACCUAUGUUUUAAAUACCAUACAUUUGUCUUGGUUGAUAAUGUUCUGUGUUUUUAUACAACUCGUAAAACAUGCCUCAUUACUAGGCCUUUUUUAAAUAACCAACAUUUAUGACCCUUAUCUUCAUAUUUAUGUAGCUCAUUUUAUGUCGAAGCUACAUUCUCAUUUGCUUGUUUUAUCUUUUUUUUCAGAAUCACUCUUGUUUGGCAGGAUUUCUUCUCAGAACCCAUAAGCCAAUGUUCCUUUUUAAACCAUGCAAACUAAGUGCACCCACCCACAAAGACAUAAAACCACAGACACAUCCAUGCAUCACCACCUUGAGUACAGACAUUCAGGUUUAAGUAGACCACACAGAAUGCACGAAAAGUCCCGUGAAACGCGUUAUGUAUGUACUUUCAACAGUUAUUUCAAUCACUUUACGGCAUUGUCUUCACAGUGCUGCCUUGACUUAACAAAUGAUUGUGGACGGCUUUUUAUACCUUAGUUUUAAAUAUUAUCCUGUCAUUAUUGUUUUCAAAUAAAAUAUUUAUCUUGUAUCGAU